CGGCGCGCGCAGCUGGGCGGCGACCCUUACCCGGCGAGGCUCCGGUGACCAGACACCGCCCAUCAGCCACGCAACAGACGGGUCCGCGCUACAGCUUCCCCCACCGGGGACGCGAGACGGCGACAACCACUUGGCGAGCCGGUGCAAGGCCCUCUCUAGGAUUCGGCGGGUCUGCAGCCUCGGUGGCAUUAACCCUUCCCCGCCUCCGGGGCUGGCAGCAGCUUCUCCGGCGGGGAAGUAGUCCGGGCUCAGACGCCCCAGCCAGGGGGCGGGCCUGCGCGCGCCCUCAGAAAGAGUCACUUCCGCUUCCGGCCAGUGCUCGGCCUCCGCAACUGGACAGAGCAGCGGUUCGCCGGCGGUUGUGCUCUUCAAAUCGGCGGCCUUCAGGGCGGGGGCUUGUGUUUGAGCCUCAGAAAGCGACGAGCUGCCUCCACUGAAGCCGAGGUGCCCGAGGUAACCGAGAAGCGGCUUCCCCUAUAGCUUGAGCCCUGGAGCCCCUGAAACGCCGGCGGCUGUAGGGAGGCAGCCUUUUCCCGUUGACGGCGGCCGCGGCGCUUAGGGGCCGCAGGACUGGAGCUUGAGGCGGGGCUACUGUCGGGCUCGGGAAGCUGUUUUCUCCCCGUUGUUCGCAGCCACAGCCCAGAGGCGCGGCCGAAGCCCGCCGGGACACUGCCUGCUUGCCCAGUGCCCACGGGCACGCCUGUCGCAGACUUAGACUGUGGCGAAUCCGAGUGCUGGCGGGCAGCAGUGCAGCUGCUGUCGGAGACCCUUUCCCGCCUCCGCCGGCUUUUCCUAGUCCGGCGGACGUUCUGCGAUUCGUUGAGCCUCAGGGCUAGCAGCUCCUGCUGAUGCAGAAACAGAGGAAGUGUCUCCGUGCUUCCGGAGCCGGGGCGGGCCACAAGGAACUGGCCACUUUGAAUAUCGGUGGCAUCCUGGGCACAAUUUCGGUGCCGUUUCUGCCGGCUCACCUCAGGAAAAUGCUUUUAGGAAGAAGAUCCUUUUACUGCUUUUGUACCAGACUAGACGGGAUCUCAUUUGUCAAAGGUGAUACCAGUCAGGUGUCUUAACACAGGAACAGAACUUCCUAGAGCAGAAUGAUGAAGGUAGAUCUGAAAGUGGCUGCAUACUUGGACCCUCAGAUCAGGGCUCUGUGGGAGACCAAGGGGCCCGCAAGAGAGAGCUUCCAUCAGAGUACAUCUCCUCAAAUGGACAGUCUUGAUCCUAAGAGCUCUUGCUGGCACUUCCGGAACUUUACCUAUGAUGAAGCAGCUGGACCCCAUGAGGCUGUCAGCAAACUUCAAGAAUUAUGUAAUCUAUGGCUGAGGCCAGAGAUCCACUCAAAAGAGCAGAUAGUGGAACUGGUGGUGCUAGAGCAGUUCCUGACUAUUCUGCCCAGGGAGACACAGACUCGGAUACAGAAGCACCAUCCACAGAGGAUUGAGGAGGCUGUGGCUCUGGUAGAACACUUGAAGAGGGAAUCUGGUCAAACAUGGAAUGGGGUUGCAGUCCCUGAGCUGGGAAAAGAGGCAGUGCUCUUGGGAGAAACAGCAGAGGCCUCAAGUUUCAGGCUGAAGCCAGAAGAGUCCCAACCAGUGGGUAUAUCCCAAGAUGAAGCAUUUUGGAAAACCUACCAGGGUCUGCAAGAACAGCUGAGCAGGAAUUCUCAUAAAGAGACUGAGCCUGUAUAUGAGAGGGCUGUGCCUACUCAACAGAUUCUAACCUUUCCUGAGCAGACAAACACCAAAGAUUGGACAGUGGCACCUGAGCACGUCUUGCCUGAGUCCCAGAGCUUGUUGACAUUUGAAGAAGUGGCCAUGUAUUUUUCCCAGGAAGAAUGGGAGUUAUUGGAUCCCACUCAGAAGGCCCUCUACAAUGAUGUAAUGCAGGAAAACUAUGAGACUGUCAUCUCUCUAGCAUUAUUUGUGCUCCCCAAACCUAAAGUGAUCUCCUGUCUAGAGCAAGGGGAAGAGCCAUGGGUUCAAGUAUCCCCGGAGUUUAAGGAUAGUGCCAGAGGAUCUUCCACAGGGUUAAAGCUCAAAAAUGACACUGAAAAUCAUCAGCCUAUAUCUCUUUCUGACUUAGAAAUACAAGCACCAGCAGACAUCAUAUCAAAAAAGGCCAAAGUGAAAGUUCCCCAGAAAAUAGCAGGCAAAGAAAAUCAUGUUGAUAUGCACAGAGUAGGGAAAUGGCACCAAGAUUUUCCAGUGAAGAAAAGGAAAAAACUUUCAACCUGGAAACAAGAGCUACUGAAACUUAUGGAUCUUCACAAGAAAGAUCGUGCAAGAGAGAAGCCUUUUAAAUGUCAGGAAUGUGGGAAAACCUUCAGAGUUAGCUCUGACCUGAUUAAGCACCAAAGAAUUCACACUGAAGAGAAACCCUAUAAAUGUCAACAGUGUGAUAAAAGGUUUAGAUGGAGUUCAGAUCUUAAUAAGCACUUAACAACACACCAAGGAAUCAAGCCAUAUAAAUGUUCAUGGUGUGGGAAAAGCUUUAGUCAAAAUACAAAUCUACAUACACACCAAAGAACUCAUACUGGAGAAAAGCCCUUCACAUGUCAUGAAUGUGGAAAAAAAUUCAGUCAGAACUCCCACCUUAUUAAACACCGGAGAACCCACACAGGUGAGCAGCCAUAUACUUGUAACAUAUGCAGGAGAAACUUCAGCAGGCGGUCAAGCCUUCUUAGACACCAGAAACUCCACCUGUGAAGAGAAGUUGUCCAGUGCUCUCAUUCUGAAGAUAUUCACCAAAUGGAGCGUGACACUAAAAUUUAUGGAAAACAAAAUAACAAACCUUGAUAAAUUUUACAUCAGAAAAUGUGGGGGGAUAAACGUAUGUUUCACAGAAAAGAAUGAUUUCCUCUGCAGCCAAUCAGUAGUCUUCUGUCGUCACGGAAGUAAACAUUGUUGGUUUUACAUUGAUCUCUCCAGUCGUUCUUGAACAUAUCUAAUAGAAUUGUUUGCAGCAUGGUCUUCCAAAAAAAAUGGUAACAUGCAUGUUUAAUUGUAUACCAUUUUCUUCAUGGUAGGAAGCUUACUAAUUUCAAUAGUCUCAUGAGGCAGAAAUAAAUUAUAAUGUAAAGUGUUCCAAGAACCAAAUUGGAUUUUCUUUUCUUUUGU